GCUAUCGUGAAUCGAUAGGCGAUAGUUAAUCGUUAUUCAAUCCAAGCUACAACUUCCACCCAUUCCACGGAAAAGUACAGUUUCACAUGAUAUAUUUCACUUGAUAAAAAUCUAAACCGAUUUCGCAACAUCUAAAAGACCCAACACGUCAUGCCAGUCGAUCCCUCUUCUCUCUACGGAAUCCCUCGCCCCCGCAAUGCGGCCAGCAAAAAGGACCUCACCUCAUCAUCCACCCUCGCCUUCACGACGCAGCUCUCCUCUCUAAUCGCCCAGGGCGGUACUUCCGCAUCUAAGUCUGAAAGCAAAACGUCCAGCGGCCGUGUACGCUCUUCCAAGAGCUCCAAAUCAGACAUCUUUUCCGUCCACAAUAAAGGCGCGCAGAAACGGGCCGCAGCUGAUCUCGAAGAUGAUGAUGAUUCAUCAGCAUUUGCGCGCCAGAAGCAUCAGCGAGCAGAGGAUAUUGGACAAGUGGAUGCGGCGACGCUGCAGCGGUCAAAAAGGCGGAUGGAGGAGAAAGUUCGCGUGUAUGAGGAGUUAAAGAGCGGUGCGCAUCUGGCGGAGGCGAGUAGUAGUGAUGAAGAGGAUAUGACUGCAGAUGAUCACGCGGCGCGGAUGAGAAGACGGGAGAAGAAUGCUCUUGUGGAUUUCGAUCGGAAAUGGGCAGAGGAGGAACGGAAGAGGCUAGAAAGCGGAGAGCGAUCGGACGAGGAAGAUCAAACGGGGGAUGAAGAAGGUGAUGGAGAUGCUGACGAGACGGGCUCUCUCGUUGAAUAUGAAGAUGAAUUCGGUCGGUCGCGACGUGGAACAAGAGCAGAAGCAGCACGAGCUGCUAGGUUAAGAGCUGAGCAAGAAGACCCUGGGGCGCGAGGCGAACCACACGACCGAUCUCGUCCGGCACGGCCAUCGAACCUCAUCUACGGCGAGGCAAUCCAGAGCGCUGCAUUCAACCCAGAUGCUCCUAUCGCAGCUCAGAUGUCAUAUCUAGCUGCGCGUCGAGACCGGUCCGCGACGCCACCAGCGGAGACACACUAUGAUGCGGACGCAGAGGUACGCAGUCGAGGAACAGGAUUCUACGCGUUCUCGCGGGAUGCGGAGACACGGCGAAAAGAAAUGGAAGAGCUCGAGCGAGCACGAAAGGAGACUGAAAAGGAGCGAGAAGAAAGGAGAGCGCGGAAGAGCGAGCGAGACAGAUUGAAAGAGGAGCGAAAGAAAAAGAUCCAGGAACUCCGUGGGAAGAAGCAGGCAGAAGCCUUUCUGGAAAGCCUGGGUGAUCUGGGUGCUAUCAAGUCGGCGCAAUGAAAAGGAGCCCCCAUCUCC